GGGCUGGGCGCAUGCGUGCCCCAUCAGACACAUGGCGCAUACUAGGCUUUGCCCGCGCUUCCCCUUUGUCUCCCCCCUCCGUUGCGCAUGCGCCGCAGAGAGCGGGCGCGAAACAGGCGCCUGCCUACUGCGGAGGGGGGAAUCUGCGGGGGGAGUGCGGGCGCGUGCGCACAAGGCGUGUAACUCAGGGAGGUUCCCGCGCGCGCACCGACUCCGGGGCGGCUGGCGCGUGCGCAGUGAGUGGAUCCGCGGGCGCCUCCGCGCCUGCGCCGUAGGAACACGGGCACCAUGAAGGCGGAAGCGCCGCCAAAGCCGGUGUGGGAGUGUCGCCAUUUUUCAAAAUGGCGGCGGCGCUGCAGGGGCUGCUGGUCCCGCACCUGCUGCCCGAGCGCUGCUACGACGAGCUUUUCCUCCGCUUCAACCUGCUGCACGUUCCCUGCCUGAAGAUCGUGAUCAGCAAAGGGCUGGGACUCGCCAUCGUCGCGGGGUCGCUGAUGGGUACGGACCCGGCUCCCUCUCUGGGCGGGGAAUGGGGCAGGGGCCUGGCCCCUCUAGAGGGGCGCCGGCUCCCCUCUGGCCCCAGGGCAGGGACUGCCGUGUUUUCCCCCCCCCGCAGCGCUUGGGGCGAGGCGCUCUUCCUCAUGCUGCAAACCGUCGCCAUCGGCUUCCUGGCCCUGCACUUCGGGGGACGCACGGCACAGGGUGUCUCCUUCCUGGUGCUGUAUUUCGCUCUGCUCUGCCUGCUGCUCUCCCCCCUGGCCCCUCGGCCCGUGGUCACCCUCCUGCAAGCCACCAACAUGCCCGCCAUCAUCAUCAGCAGGCUACUCCAGGCGGCCACCAACUACCGCAACGGGCACACGGGGCAGCUGUCGGCCGUCACUGUCUUCCUGCUCCUCGGGGGCUCGCUGGCCCGGAUCUUCACCUCCAUCCAGGAGACGGGCGACCCCCUGAUGGCUCUGACCUAUGUCGUCUCCUCCGUCUGCAACGGCAUCAUUGCGGGCCAGCUCCUCUAUUACUGGCACGUGCCGGCCGGCGCGGGGGCCGGGAAGAAGCGGGAAUAGAGGGGACCCCCCCCCGGAGUCUGACCGCGGCCUGCCCGGGGGUCCCCGUAGGGGGAGUGGGGGCUGCCCCCUGCCCCGCGCUGCCAUCUGAGCCAUAUCGAGUGGGGGCAGGGCCCCCGUCUGGCAAUACCGGUGCCCCCUAGAGGGGAACCCACUCAGCCUAGUCUGUCUCUUCCCCUCCCCCCCCCCAGCUGGGCUCCGGCAGGAGGGGGGAGCAGGUCUGUAAACCGCCCUCCCUCCCCCCCCAGUGAGGUAAUUAAACGCUGAUUGGCCAGGGGCUCCCGGCUGUGCCCAUCCUGCUCGGGGGGCGGGGCAGAAUCUCUGGGACUCCCUGCUGUAGGGUGCGGAAGGUUGAAUUCGGAUGGGGGGAGCAGGCAUGGAAACCCCCAGCCCCUCCUCCCCUGCCCCCUGGCAGCUAACGAGCUCGGUGCUAAUCAUGCCAAUUAGUCACCGCCCUUCUGCCUCCCUGCCCCUCCCGGCGCUGGGAUCCUGAACUGGGGGCAGGGCAAAGCCGAACUGGGCACAGAGGUGGGUGGGGGCUGGUGGGUCAGAGCAGGGGGCUGGGAACCAGGACGCUUGGGUUCUCUCCCCGGCUCUGGGAGGGGA